GACGAGUGAACAGUUGUCAAAAACAAAAGACCCAGGUGUGGUAGAUCGACUACUGUUCGCGCGUGCCGCAAAGACCAAGCCUAAUUGCCCCUCAAGGUCACUAACUAAUAUCCGGUGCUGACGGUUAGGGUCGUCAUAAUCAUAUAAGUAGCGCGUUUCCACCCCUUGGAGCCACGACAUUUCAGUGACAUUUGCCUCCACUCGGUUGACUAGGUAUAUACAUUGCUGUAUUUUGCAAGUCUUUGCAUUACAGACACAUUGUACGUGUAUGUACAUAUAGCCAUCACCUGUGUCUGUGGUCGCCUUCGUCAUCGUCAUCACCAUGCACUUUCAGAGGUAUAAUGACCAGCAGAAAAUCAUGUUUGUUGGUGGGCCAAACCAACGCAAAGACUACCACUUGGAAGAGGGAGAAGAGCUGUUCUACAUGAUUAAAGGGGAUAUGUGUCUGAAGGUGGUGGAACAGGGCAAACAUAGAGAUAUCCCAAUAAAGGAAGGAGAGUUGUUCUUGCUUCCUGGUCGUAUCCCCCACUCUCCACAGCGGCAGUCUGACACCAUAGGCUUGGUCAUAGAGAGGGAGAGAACAGAGACUGAAAUGGAUGGUCUGAGGUACUUUGUAGAGAAAGAUGGAAAACCAACUAUGGAGCCUCUUUUUGAGAAGUGGUUUCAUUGUGAGGACCUUGGUACACAACUGGGGCCUAUCAUUAAGGAGUUCUUCGCAUCUGAGCAGUGUAAGACGGGGAAGUCAGUGCCAGGGACCAUCCCUGAAAAAACUCCAUUUGAGAUUGAUACCAGUAGGAAACUGGAAGAACCAUUCUUGCUAUCUGAUUGGCUGACCAAAAAUGAAAAUGAAAUUGAAACAAAGGGCAUUAAGAGAGUUUUUGGUGAUGGUUAUCAGUUUACGGUGGAUGUGUUGGGGCCAGGAGAAGAGCAAGAGAGUUGGGAUGGUGGAGAAAUAUGGCUCUGGCAAUUGCAUGGGGAGUCAACAGCUGUAGUGGAUGGCACUAAAUAUAAACUGAAGGUACAGGACAGCCUCCGCAUUCCCCCCAACACACAGUACAGCAUUGUGAGAGGUGCUGGCAGCAAAUUGAUGAAAGUUAUCCAAGACCCAAGAAGAAAAUAGAAAAGACAUAACAAGAAAAUGAUGCUAGCAAAAGUAUAAUUUUAUGAUGCUUCUUCAUUGGGGUAUAUCAGCUCCAUUAUAAUUGAAUGGGCUUAAAAUUCCCUGUAAAUUUUUGUGCAUUCAGAAAAAUAUAAGAACCUUCAUUUAAACAAUUCUUUUGAACAUCCAUUUUAGAAAGUGUUAUUCAUUGUCAGAAACUUAAAAAACAGAAGAAACCAUGUGAGAUAGUAUUUUUACUGUCCAGUGAGGAAAACAUAGAUACCGGGUACUUCACACCUACAGUUAUAUCAUUAUUAGACUGGGAUUCCAAAUUCCUUUUUGUGUUUGUGCAGGCAUGAUUGAGGGCAAAACUCAGUUUCAAAUGAAGUCCUGAAUUUUUGGGAAACUGAUGCACACCUUGUUGAUUUUGACCUUCAGGUAUGCAACAAUACUGCAGCAUGUUUGUGAUGAAAAUUUCCAGUAGUUUCAAACACGUCAACAAAAUGGCAGCAAUAGGACUGAAAGUACAUGUACAACAGUGACGUCUAGUGUCAAGUGGGCUGAUAUACCUCAUUGUAAUGUGGACAGCAAUUAUAUUUUUUCUACUUUUGAGAGUAAGGGAUUUUUGUUGUAAAACAAUAAGUACUACUUUGUGCAUAUUUUUAUACUUCACAAACGAAUGUGUGUUAUCUUCAUUAUACAUAUUUGUGAUGUAUUCACAGGCAGCUAUACAUGUUGGUGGUAGAGUUUUUUUAAUGCUUAAACUGCAUUUUAGCCUGAAUAAGCAACAGAUGCUUUGACUGCCAAUUUGACUGAAUAGACAUUUUAACUAUAUUUUGAGAAAAAGAAAUGUACUUAUCUCUAAAAAUAUUGAAUAAAAUGCCAUUUAUGAUAUUUA